UUUUAUUUUAUUUUUUUAAUUAUUUUUUUUUAUAAUUUUUUAGUUAUGGCAAGCAAUAACGGCAUAAGUAGUUUAAUUUCUGCAUUUUUUGUUUUUGUUUGUAUUGGUAUUGGACAAUUAUUCAAACAAUUUUUGGCUAAUUCGCGUCAAGGAAAUUUGUGUGCUGGAGUUUUGGGUGCUUUUAUAUUUUGUUUUACAUUGACAACAAUUAGUAAUAUGAAAAUGGCCCAAUUUGGAAUCAAUUCAAAAUCCGGACUUUUUGAUUGCUUCAUUUCCUUAAUUAUAUCAAUUAUAGCUUCAGCAUUAAUACACAGAAUUGCAAUAACUUUAACAAUUUUGUUUUCUGGCGUUUUUCUUUUUUUCUUGGUUGGAAUUUCACACAAAUAUUACGAUUUGAAUGCUUCAGUUAAUGUUGGUGGAGGUGGUGGAGGGAGUGAAAAAAGAGGCAAAAAACAUUGA